AUGUUUGCCUCCUACCAACCUGCCGCACCUCACGAACUCGUCGGCUGGCAACAACCCCACGACAGCUUCCAGGCGUCUCGUCCGCCUUCUGAUGCUACAGGACACAUCGUCUUCACUAGACAACUUUGGAAGCGAAACAUGUUUGACGAGAGUCAGACCGAGCCAGUCGUCUCGAACAAGUCUCGCACCGACGUGUCUCAACCAAGUCAAGCAGCCGCCGUUCCUACACCAAGUAGAAGAAGCUCGUCGACGGUCUCCCUGCGCCCUCGUAACCACUCUCCGAGUCCUUUACCCGGCUCUACCGCUCCAUUGACGCCGGAAGAAAGCCCGCCUUUCAAGUCAACAAGGAAGCGGAGCGCGGGUUUUGUUGAGCAAGAGGACAAAGCGCUGUCGAGUGCUGAAGUCUCGCCUUCGCAUAGCAGGGUGAACAGUGGUGAGCAGCCUACACACGUCUGCAUCUGCCAACCAGAGCCGAAGGUUCCUCGACCUCGUAACGCUUUCAUCCUCUACCGUCAGCACUACCAAGCCAACGUUGUCGCUCAGAACCCAGGUCUCGCCAACCCGGAGAUCUCCAAGAUCAUUGGCGAGAGGUGGCAGGGCUUGCCGCCAGACGAGAAAGGCAAGUGGAAAGCUCUCGCAGAAGAGGAGAAGCUCCGGCAUCAACAGCAGUAUCCGACCUACCGUUACCAGCCCAAGCGCAACGGUCGUCGGAACAGCCUCUCAGGCGAUCAGUCGUUCGCUGGUGCGAAGCCGAAGUGUCAGAAGUGCGGUGGCAGAACAAUUCUAACACCGUCGACGCCCUUCUCGAUUGGUACUUCUGUUCCUCCGACACCAGGCUCAUCGACCAUCACACCGGUGACCAGGACUCUGCCAGUACUUCGGGAUCUCAGUCUGCAAUCUCCUGGUGUUCAGCGACUCAAGCAACAACAUCCCAAUAUGUCUCCUUACCACAACGCUCACCCGGAUGAGAGAGACGACGUCGGUUCAUUGAGUCCGGGCAACAAGCGCCGUCGAUACAACGGCGAUCAUCCUGUCGCGGUGACUCGUGCGAUGCCUCCGCGCUAUGGAGUCGUGCCACACGGUGUCCCAGUCGGUCCAGGUACCCCCUUCCCAUUCGGCCAAGUCCCACAGCCACCGCACGCCUACCCUCCUCCAUCGGGCCACGUUCGCCGCGAGAGUCUUCCUGGACUGCGCGGAGUGGUCAGCCCACCAGGUCCUAUGGGCCCACCUCCACGACCUGGAAUGGGCUAUCAACAGCACAGAAUGUCUCAAGGGCAUGCGGCCCAUGAUCGAUCUUUGAUCCUGCCGCCCAUCCAAACGGCAGGGACCGGUGAUGAGCCGCCAACUACUGGAAGCAUGAUCAGAUCGGCUGAAUCCCAAAUCAUGGAGUUCGGCUUCCGCAACAAGCUCAAGGUCUUGAGCCAGGUCGCGCCACCAGCCAGAACAGAGUCUCGUCGUGGACCGUUCAUUGCAGUCGAAGGCGACAGCGCCAAGUCGGCUGCUGCUCUCGCCGAGUGGCUCAGGAAAGAGCUGAGCCGAGACGACGACCUUCGCCUGUCCAUGCUUGAGAGUCCUGAUAUCAGCAUUCACGGCAACAAGAAGCAGAUGAUGGCGCAGUGUCAUCGCUUAGCUGCCGAAUGGCUGGGCAAGAGCGACGAUAUUGUUGAUUCGCUUACUAUGCACCAGGAGGCUGUCGUUGACGCUGCUAUGACUGAUCCGAACCAUGAUGAUGCACGCGGCGCAAGCAGCAGGAAAGCCAGCGAGUCCGGCAUCCAGCAUGACGCUACCGCGAAGAGCGACACUUCCUCGAACGAUGCGAACCAGUCGCAGAAGAUGGACAUCGACAAGCGCUCAUCCACCAUCUCGAGCACAAGCACAGUAGGCUUCCAAGGCCCGAAGCCCGUCUCCAUCAUCGCCAACUACUCUCUGCACGCCAGCAACCGCUUCGCUUGCGCCAUCCCGAUCGGCGGAACGGACCCGUACCACCCGGACGACCACUGGAAGUGGGCUGCGACGCACUGGCGUGGUAUCAUCGGUCCAGACCUUACGAUCUACGUCCGUGACGGCACAGUGGGCGAGAGCGGGAAGCCGUCGAUGGAGAUUGAGGCAAGUGAUGAGAAGACUGGUGUGGCGUUGUUCGUGGUGAGGCGGAACCAGAAUGAGGAGCAGAUGGGUGAGGGUGAAGCGAAGGACAUGGCUAUGCAAUUGGAGCCGUCUGCGCUUCGCAGGGUGGGCUUUGAGGUCAGUGAGUGGGUGAAAGCUUUUGGGAGUAGGAAGUGA